AUGGAGAGCACGAGCACCACUCAAACACCGGCACGCACCGUGCCAGGUCUCUACGAUCUUCCAGUCGAGGUCCGGCAUCAAAUAUACAAGCAUCUAUUCUGCCACAAACCGUCGCCCAUCGAGUUCGCCGCGAACAGCAAUGCAGAACUGGAGCUGUGGCCCGACGUGUGGCCGACAGAUGGAUAUUCGUCGUCACCAGCGCCUCCCCCGACAUUCUACACCGACAUCUUCCGUGUCAACAAGGCCCUCUCUCGCGACGCGCUACAGUUCGCAUACAGUGCCAACUCAUUCCUCAUCGCCAAUAGCAUGGGCAUGGAGCGAUUCUGCCGCCUGGGCGACAUCGCACUGGCGUCAAUGAAGUCGAUCUGCAUGUACAGCAUCGCGUUCGAGUGGACGGAGCGCGCAAGGCAAGUCUGGUGGGUGCUCAACCAGCGGUGCACGAACCUCGAGGUCCUGAAGAUCGAGCCGUCCAGCUUCCUCGCGUUCGCGACCAUCCCGUAUCUCAAGGACUUCAUCAACACCUGCGCCGAGCAAGGUUCCCAGCCGGACGUCCUGCUCGACCUGUACGUGCUCGACCGGCAUUUCGCGUUCGAAACCCCCGCGAACGACUACCGCCAGGCGAUGCGCGUCCUGGGAAAGCAGUUGGGCCAGGGCGCCAAGUCCUGGAAGGGGUUCGUCCGGCCCCAGCGUGUCAUCACGCAUGUGCCCAAACACGUCAAGCAGGUCUAUCUCGCGGCGGACGUGAGCGCGCAGGCGAUGCUGGCGUUCGAGGAGAUGCUCGAGGAUGAACCUGUGUUCCGCUUUGUCAGGACCUCGCCCGACCGUUUUCCCUCCGGUGGUAUGCCACGAAUCGGACGCAAUACGCGGUGGUGUUAUCGUUGGAAAUCCAUCGAAGAGGAGGACAAGGAGUCGCCCCAAUGCGGAGACGUACGAGAGGACGGAGAUGGAGACGGAGACGGAGACUGA